AUGAACUCGGAAGUUACUUCGGAGGUUACUAUGGAGGUUACUUCGGAGGUUACUAUGGAGGUUACUUCGGAAGUUACUAGAGAGGUUACCAGCUUACCCAACAGACAGUCACAUAUCGGUGAAAUAGCCAUUACAACUCUUAAGGCUACCAUCACUGUUGGUGAAACUAUUGGUGAAAUGCUACCGUUUGCAGCAGCUGCUUGUAAACUAGCAAAUCAAAUUAUAGAAAUGGUAGAGUCAGCUCAACGUCAUAAAGAACUCUGUAAGAAAUUAUCGGGAAGAAUUCAAAAAGCGACGAUACGAAUAAAAGAAAAUCAUCCAACAAAAGAUGCAAGCCUUGCGAUCCAAGUUUCAUAUCAAAACUAUAAACAGAUUUUAGAAGAAGCUGUUAAGUAUAUUAGAGAUUUGAUUAAGCCAGGGACUUUUAGUCAGAGAACUUUAAAAAGAUUUAAAUCCUUUCUAGGAUCGAAAGAUAUGUUAGAAUACCAUGACGAUCUGGCUCGACGAUUAGAUGCAGCAAUUCAGGAACUACAGCUAGAUUGUAUUCUUGAUACAAACAAAAAAGUUACCUGCAUGAAGGGUAAAAUGGACGAAAUAGAUUCUAACAUCGAAAAAGUUAUCAGCGUAAAGGAUACAGUAGAAAAAUUAGGUUCUGAUACCGAAAAAGUUCUUGCUCAGCUAGCAAUGUUAACAAAAGGCGCUAAAUUCGGAAGAUCGAGGAUAUAUAUUGAUCAGUCAAGAGUUAUCGAUGAUGGUGAUGAUACGGAAAUCAAAGGGAAAAAUAAAAAUAUUAAAAAAAUGUUGUUCGACGGGUGUGUCGCGGUAGCUGUAUAUAAAGUGCCGACUAGGGAUAAUGUUGAUAAUGUUCAAGCUGAGCGACAAAAAAAUAUUGAUUAUGUUCAUGCUGAGCGACAAGCAAUGAUUUUAAAAGAACUAAGUGCCUGUGAAAAUAUAGAGAACUUUCAAGGUUUAAUGAAAAAAGACGAAGAGUUAUAUGUGGUGACUAGAUGGGCCGCGAAUUAUGAUCUCGAAAAGUAUCUUCGUUCAGACAUAGAGAUUCUAUGGGAACAAAAAUUAAAGUUCGCAGAAGGUAUCGCAGCUGCUCUCAAAUUUUGCCAUGAAAAUGAUAUUUUUCAUCAUGAUGUUAAAAGUGCGAAUGUAUUAUUAGACGAACAUUUAAAUGUGAAACUUAGCAAUUUUGGUAUGGCACGCUUCUUUGACGACAUAACGACAUCAGUAACGGGCCAAAUGAAGAGUAUUAGAUGGACUACGCCCGAAAAAUUAAAGAACCCCUGUGUUCCUUACUCUAAAGAAAUGGAUGUAUAUGGUUUUGGAAUAGUAAUGUGGGAAAUUGCAGCAAGAAAAGAGCCAUUUUACCAAAUCGAAAUUGAUAUUAAUGUUCCCGACAUGAUUAAAAAUGGCGAGCGUCCAUCACCGAUCCCGAACGAUAUUAUACCAGAAUACGAAGAGAUAAUGAAAUGGAGUUGGGUCGAAGCUUUCCAUCGUCGCCCCACCAUGUAUCAGAUAUCUUGUGAAUUGCAUGGGCUUUGUAAGAAAUAUAAAUCACCCUUUCAAGGGAACGGUUCUAACACUUCACUAUCGACUACACUUUCAGAAAUUAAAAAAUUUGAUUUUAAAGCCCAAAUCAAUGAAGAUGAGCCUGUCAAACCACAUACUCGGCCAGCUUGGAAAGAUGUCACUAUGGCCCUUACCAACAAGAACUACAAAGAGGCAAUAGAGAGAUUAGAACUAUACGCUCAAAGUGACGCCAAAGAAGCAAAUUUAGCCAAAUACUAUGCUGGCAAACUGCUAUACGAAGGACAUCAUGGCGUGACCAAAGAUGAAUUCAAGGCUUUGGUUUACUUGUCUGAAGCAGCAGAAAAAUUACCAGUUAGCAGUUUUAGUGAAUUUGCUCCCAUGGCUCAAUAUUUAUAUGCGGAUUUAUGCCUAAAGGGUGAAAGAUAUGAUCGGGAAAAUGGUAUAAAGUAUUUAGAGAUGGCUGUAAAAGCAUCCGAAAAGAACGCAUUAUUUUUGUUUGGUACUAUUCUGUGGAACGGUGAACAUGGAUUUCAGAUUGAUACUGUUAAGGCUAGAGAAAUGUUUAAAUCAUCAAAGAGUCGUAAAGCGCGUGAGAUGUUAAAAAUAAUUGAGGCUGAGAAAAAAACUACUGCAUAA